AUGAAGGCAAAGAUCUUGGCUGUCAGUUCUGCUCUUGCCGCUGGCGCGGCUGCCCAGCAAGCUCUCUGGGGACAAUGCGGCGGUAUUGGUUGGACCGGGUCCUCAAGCUGUGUCGCCGGUGCCGCUUGCACGAGCUACAAUGCGUAUUACUACCAGUGUAUUCCUGGUGCUACCACUACCGCUGGAACCACUACCCGCACGACCACUGCGGCAACCACUCCAGUUACAACCACUCGAACCACGACUGUGGCCACCACUGUUCCCACCACCACUGCUAGAACUACCACUUCUAGCACUACAGCAUCUAGGACUACCACUUCUAGCACUAGGACUACCACUGCCAAUGGAUCCUGCUCGACCAACUUUGUGUCGACUUCUGGAAAGGAGUUCAGACUUGCUGGCAAGAAGUUCUACUUCGCUGGUAGCAACGCCUACUACAUUCCUAUGUACGGGCCAAAUGACUUCCUUGACAUCGAUACCUCCCUCGAUGCAUUCGCCGCCUCUGGCUUGAAGGUUCUCCGAACCUGGGGUUUUGCUGACUUCGCUGGCCCACAAGAAGACUAUGUCACUGUCUUCCAGAACUGGAGCUCCGUCCCACCAACCAUACUCGAGACUCAAGAGCGUGGUCUCCCACGUCUUGACCGCGUUAUCUCUGGAGCUGAGUCUAGGGGUAUCAAGAUUAUUCUUCCAUUCAUUAACAACUGGGCCGAAUAUGGUGGCAUCGAUCUCUACGUCGAAAAGACCCUCGGCAGCAGCGGUAACCACGGCGACUUCUACACCAACACCGCCAUCAAGAACAUCUACAAGAACUACGUCAAGACCAUUGUCAACCGCUACAAAAACAGCCCAGCAAUCUUGGCUUGGGAAUUGUCUAACGAAAUCCGAUGCGCUGGUCCCAGACUCGGUGCUGGAUCUUGCACUCCAGCCGUUACCACUGCCUGGGCCAAGGAAAUGUCCGAGUACAUCAAGUCCCUCGAUCCCUGCCAUUUGGUCGCCGUCGGUGAUGAAGGUUUCAUCAAUACACCCGGUAGCAGCGACUACGUUUACAACGGUGGCCCCGGUAUCGAUAACGAGGCUCUUACUGCUCUUGCCUCCAUUGACUUCGGUACUUUCCACAUGUAUCCAAUUCCAUGGGGUAAGACCUGGGACUGGGGUAACCAGUGGAUCAAGGAUCACGCCGCCAUUGCUGAUAAGCUCAACAAGCCAAUGCUCUUCGAGGAGUACGGUGUCACUCGCGACUCUGGUCUCCGUGAUACUUACCAUCAGCAAUACCAUGACACCGUCUUUGCUAAUAACAUUGCUGGUGAUAUGUUCUGGCAGUUUGGAACUACUGUGCCUAACUGGGGCAAGUCCUAUGAUGAUGGUUACUCUAUCUACCCAAGUGAUACUACCCAAUGGCAGAAGUUCGUCGUUGAAUGGUCUGCCAAGAUGGCUACCAAGAACACUUAA